AUGGAACAUUUUCCUGUGUUAGUCUGGGUAAAUGAUAUAGUAGUGGCUGGAGCGACCGAAGAAGCAAUUAACGAAAUUAAGUCAAUGUUAAAUGAAAAUUUCAAGAUGGAUGAUCGUGGCGACCUAAACUGGUUCUUAGGAAUGCAAAUCCUGCGAUCGCACGACAAGAUUACAGUGGAUCAAACGAAGUAUAUCGAAACUGUUCUCCAAGAAUUUAACAUGAGUGAUUGCAAAGCUGUAGCAACACCCGGAGAAGUAAAUCUAAAGCUAGUCAAAAGUAACGAAGGAAAGAAAUUAGUAGAUCCGAAGCUGUAUAUAAGUUUAGUUGGCUCUCUUUUAUUCAUUGGCAAACAAACCCGUCCAGAUAUUCUAAAUAUUGUUAAUCAGCUGUCACGAUUUCUCGAUAAACCUGACGAAUCACAUUGGAAGGCAGCAAAGCACGUACUGAGAUACCUCAAAGGAACUACCGACUUACGAUUAACAUUCUUGAAGAAUUCCAGCUGUGAUAUAGUUGGCGAUUCGGACGCAGAUUGGAGUGGGGAUCGCAAAUCGACAACUGGAUACUACUUUAAAUUCGAAGGAAAUGGAGGUGCCAUCAGUUGGGAG